GAUGCCACUACUCGAUACUUUUUGUUGUAGUUGUACAUUUUUCGCCAAAAAUAAUAAUAAAAGUGAAAAAUUUUUUUUGUUAAUAUACGUUUUUUUUGUUGUACAAAGGAGAAAAUGUUAUUAAACUGAUUGUCCGCCGCAGCGUUUUCGUGACCCCCGCUCCAAAAAAAGAAGAACAGAAACGGCCGCCAGCAACAACAAGGUGCAGUAAAUAUUCAGUGUGUGCGCUGCGGCUUUCGCCUUCUUUAACCGUCAAUUGCUCCUGCUCCUGCCCACUAACAAAAAAAAAAUAAAAACAAAUUGAAAAAACAUAAGAAAGAGCGAAACCUUCAACAGCCAGAGGAAGUGAAAUGAUAAAGUCCACAACGAAUCCACAGGAACAGCGUCUGCCACGCCCCGAGGAUCAGCCGCAUCCGCCGCCGCCCCCUUCCUCCACCACCGCCGCCCCUGCCACGCCCACGCACCAAGUGGCCACCGUGAUAGCCAACAUGGACACCCUGAAGACCGCCUUUCUGCCCAAUCUCAGCAUGGACCCCAAUGUGCACGUGACGGCGCACUAUUGUCCCAUGUGCCACCAGCAGUUCGAGCGGGCGCAACACGCCGCGGAACACAUGCAGCUGUGCCACGGGAUCACGCUGAACGCGCAGGGAGCCAUCGCCUCCACGCUGGAGGGCGGUCAUCCGUCACAGGGACCACCACAACAGCACCUCAAGCCCAGCCAUGCCUGCUUCAAUUGUGAUGAGAAGUUCGGCAACACCGUCGACCUGGACGAACACCAUCGGCUGGUCCACCAGGCCUCCGCCUUCCUGGCCCGCUGCCUCAUGUGCAGCAUCUAUGGCAUCCACUCGGCCACCCAGCAGCCCAACGAGUACAAGUGCACGCAGUGCGGCUCCAUUUGCACCACCGCCAUGCUGGCCGCCGGGCAGCAGGGCUUCAUGGAGCAGCAGGAGGCGCCGGUGACGCCCGACGACCAGCUGCCGGCGAUGGCGCCCCGUGAUAUGAGACUGACGCCCGAGGAGCAGCACCACCAGCAGCAGCAGCUGCAGGCAGAGCACCACCACCAUCAACAGCAGCAGCAGCAGCAGGAACUGUUGGAGCAGCAGCAACGGGAGCUACAGGAGCAGGCGCAACAGCAGCAGCAGGUGCAUCACCACCAGCAACAGGAUCAGGAUCUCGCCGGCGACCAGGUGGCGCUGAAGGUGCCCCCACUCACCGUCAAGCUGAACAAAAACGCCAAUGGCGGCGGCGCCAUUGUGGCCCAUCCGCAGGUGAUCAUCAAGGAGGAGCCACUCAGCCUGAGCGACAGCGGCGAUGUGGUCAACUCAGUGCCCGUCUAUGCCAUACAAGCGAAUCCCGGGGUUCCCGCCCCGGCCGGUUCCGGUGUGCUCGUCGGCACGCAAACGGUGCCCGCCGAUCUGGCGCACAAGAUCCGGCACAAAUGCCCCGACUGCCCGAAGACCUUCAAGACGCCCGGCACGCUGGCCAUGCACCGCAAGAUCCACACAGGCGAAGCAGACGCCACGCCCAAAGAACGCCCCUACACGUGCUCCUACUGCGGCAAGUCCUUCACUCAAUCGAAUACACUAAAACAGCACACUCGCAUACACACAGGUGAGAAACCAUUUAGAUGUGGCUAUUGUGGCAGGGCGUUCACUGUUAAGGAUUACCUGAACAAACAUUUAACGACUCACACGGGAGAGAAGCCGUUUCAUUGCGGGUACUGCGAGAAGUCCUUCAGCGUGAAGGACUACCUCACCAAGCACAUACGGACGCACACCGGCGAGAAGCCGUACACCUGUCCGUACUGUGACAAGCGCUUCACGCAGCGCAGUGCCCUCACGGUGCACACGACCAAGCUGCAUCCGCUCUAGGGCAGGCCGGGCGGUGGCCGCCAGAUGCCCGUUGCUGCCCCAGCCGCUCCUCCUUCUGCUCCUCCUUCUGCACCUCCUCCUCCGCCGCCGUCGUCCGCCGACUCCGAUUCAGAUCCCAAGAAGCCAUCGGCAUAGGGGAGCGCCAGCGGAAACGGAAGUGGGAACGGAAACGGAAGCGGGAUGGACAACGGGUUGAGCAACCCAAAUGAAAGACCUUUUCAAAGACGAGAAACACCCACAAUACAUGGGCGUUAACUGAAGCGGAUGCAACGCAACCAACGACUGGCAAAUCUCUUCACAGUGCUGCUAGAUUAAAUUACUAAAUUAGAUACUUUCAUUUCGGUUAACACGGAAAAUAGAAACAAAGUUGUACUAAACUAGCGUACAGUUCGUAGAAUGUUUAAGUUAUUGCAAUCGAUUUUUGAUUUUUAUUAUUAUUUGGUUAUGUAGAUGUUUUGCAAUUUUAUUUUUAUACACUCUAUGUAAAUCGUAUAUAAUAUUUUGUUAUUCUAUGAGAUUUUAUAUGGUGACUCCUUAGCGCACACUCACUUACGCGCGGCGCUAUACCCACAAGCCCAACAAAACACAACACACCACACACCCACACACACAUUUAUUAUUUAUAAAGAGAGAGAAUAUUUUUUACUCCUAUACUUUGUGGCAAUAUUAUUUUUAAUACUUCCUGAACUUGUUUGUAAAUGUUAUUUAAAAGCAGCAAAACAAAGAAAGGUAAACUCAUGUCUACGCGCAAAACUUAAAUUAUUUCUUAAAUUAUAAACUUAUAUUAUUCGAACUCAAAACAACACAAAAUUAUUUAUUCUACAUGAAAACUUCUUUUCAAAAUUUCAACUCAUAGAGGAAAUGGCGAAGAACCAAUACGAAAUUUAGUCAUUUCUAUUCUACUAUUUGCACACGAGCAGGAUCUCGUUUGUUUUGGCUUUAAAAAUUUAUUUACUUUUAAUUAACUAAAUGAUUUAAUCAUUUUAGCUUGUUUUUAUUGAUGAAUGUUAACCAUUGUUUAUUUUUUAAAUUAUUUAAGUUGAAAGCGCUGCUUUUGUUUGUUAAACUAAACUUAACAGUGAGAUUGUAUAAAACUAAUGUAAAACAAAAAAAAAAACUAAGAAAUUAAUUUUACAAAAUUUGCAUUUUUAACGCAAGACAAAAAGUAUUUAAGGCAAAUCAAAAUGAGAAAUUUACGCUAAACGCAACACAGCUUUACGCGCCAAACUAGAAGAUUAAACAAAUUUAACAUAACGAUCUAAAUAAUUGAUACUUUUGAUAAAGAAGCUUGAAGUUGUUUUUGUAAUAUAUAUAAAUAUGGAUUCAUCAUUUUUACGACUACUUAAAAGCGUUUUUUAAACCAGCAAAUGAUUACUUGCAAGAGUUGUACGUACUAAACCAACUAAAACUGUAGCAAAACCAAAACCAAAACCAUGUACAUUUUUAUAACAUAGUGUUAUAUAAUUAUAAAGUAAACAAAUAUAUAAACAUGUAUCUAAUAUUAAUGCAUAAUACACUCAAACAAAUUGUCUACCUAAUGGCACAUAGCACAGCAACAAACGAUGCGCAGCGCAUGUAAAACCAAAAUAAAUUCUAAGUACUAAACUAUUGUAAUUCUUUAAGUUUUAAAUAAACCGAGAUGAGUUGACGAUCAAAAGCAAA